AUGGCUGAAGUCCUAAAGCCCAAGCCAGUGGGUUGGGAUGGCAUGCACGACCACUGGUGGCAAUGGGUUCUUAUAGGUAUAAUUCUGGGCUCUGUUUGCAUCGGAACGAUAUAUAUUGUGUAUUCGGUAAUAGCUCGGUCUAUUGAUCACUUCAAAAAUCGUCCCAUCCCCAAUAUCGUCCCGCCUCAGAUUGCAAGCCAUCUGGAGGGGCUUGCGCAAUCUUCACCGCGCCUGGCUUCAACGCAGCCCACGUCGAAGAAGCCGAGCUCUUUCGGUGUAUAUCUGGGCUCGUUCAGCAUACCCCCAACUAAAGCGGAGUCGAGAAUCCUGUCACAAUGGGAGCUUCUCAUUCUAGAUCCACUUCAGGUUGGAGCAGUGGACGCAGCAGCAGAUGCGGGAGGCGCUCAAGUUCUCGGCAGGCUUGACCUGAGCCGGAUACUCGCUACAGACGAUGAUGUGAAGAUGUGCCUGGACAAAAUCUUCAACGUGCUUGUUAGGACUUUCAAAGGUACUGCCUUUGGUGGUGUACUCUUUGCCGAGUGGGAAGGACGUUUCAUACCACCAGUGCUCAGACAAUUGUUAAUUCUAGUGAAUUCGCUCGGUCUACGCAUAUACCUCGAAACAGCGGCCCCAGACUUUCUUCAAGAUGGAACAGUGUUGCAGAACGAAGCAAUUGCAGGUCUGGUGAUCAAGAACGCCUCUAUCAUGCCCAACGGCGAAAAGCGCGACUAUUUCGAGAUGACAAACCUCCAGAAAACUGUCAAGGCGUUCGUCUCGGAAUCUUGUCUGCGAGAUUUUGUGGUCAUGGCUUGGGAAACAAUUGACGAUCAGGCUACUCUGGCAAACUCAGUGGUCAAACGAAGCGUUCAAUGGUGUAGCUUUUACAGUGCGAUAACCUGGAUAGGGCCAAAGGCUGCGUUGACCGAUGCUGCUCUCAAUGUCCCCGUUGUCGAGCCUCUCGGUGCGUUCGAAUGGUUGAAGGACGACAAGGUUAUGAAGCUCCACGAUAUUUGGCGAGGCAAUCCGGAGGUUGUUGCCAAACCCGUCAGCCACGAAAGUUGGAGACCUUUGUUUCCUUUGUUCCAUGGCGUUCCGAGAGCGCUCGACUCUGCAGAGGCAGGCGAAGCGGACCAUGAACAGCUGAAAUUAGCCUUGCACGAUCCACCUGAAUGGACUGAGCAGAUUGGUCGCCGAGGCAAUCCACUAUCAGUAUCCGCUUCUGGACACGAGUAUAACUCGUUGGGAUGUUUUCCUCUGGGGUUCGAUGCGUCGCCAAUCGCGUUUGCGGAGAUCCUGCAGUCACAACAUCGCUUAAAGGGUCUGGCCUUACUGCAUCCAGUUGCGCAGCAAAAGUUACAGAAUAUCGGAACGCUGUAUCGACGCUUCCACGAGAAGCACUUGACCUCUCAUGGAGCACACCCUCCGCAGAUUGUUGCCGCUGUCAAGGAACUUGCGACACUGGCUACCAACAAUUUCCUCAAAGUGCACCUCGGAUUGGAUUCCGGCUUCCGGAAAAACGCAGAGAUUCGGUUCUGGGCUGUUUAUCAGGCCGAUUCCGAAGGCCUCGAAAUCUACGUCUCAAAGAACGCCCAAGGUCUAGCAGGAACGAUUCUCCACACCUUUCUCUCCAGCCGGGGAUUCCCUCGCCAUCAAUGCUUUCACAUCGAGGCGGCUUUGGCAGAGUGGUCUCGUGAUACCGUGGAACCUAGCGGACUUCCUCGCCGGUGGGUGCAGGAUAUCGAGGUCCUCACGCCAGAAGAGCGGCUGCUGCUUCUACAACAUCUGAGCUUGUCUGAUGCAGAAGACAUCCUGUUGGCUAGGCUUCGAGCCCAUCUACGUGUCCAACUUCUAGACGUUCCGUCCAUGGCACAAUUAAAGGAGCUCAACACUGUUGGCUUCCUCAAUGGUAAUGUCUCGGUCAGGGAUCUCAUUAAAUCCCGAAUCGCAUGGUACCGAGAACAGGGUUGUCAGUAUCCCGAAUUGUCAAAAGCGCUUGCAAUGUUUCUCGAUGUCGAUACACAGUUUACCCACAUCCUCAAACAUCGUCGGGAAGACCAAUUAAAUCAAGUUACGGCUACGCUCGAGUCGAUUGUUGUCAAAGGAAGCAUAGACGCCUACGCUGACAUGCUUGCUCUCGCUAUCUUUUGUGCCGCUAGAAAAGGAGCUUUCGACGAAGUGUACAUGGAGGUGACGGAUCGUAACCCGCUUUUCAAUGAUCAGUCUGACCAAGCGGCCGCGUUUGCCGAAUCUUUUGCCCUUGGUUCUCGGUGCGAGGCGUAUUUUGAUGUUGCUCCGAGCAUCUUUGGGAAGCUUCUCUCGGAUCGCUACAGGGCUUAUUACGACAAGAAGCAGCCACCGAGCUGGGUCAAUGGUGCACCGGCACUUGCCACAGCCUAUGCUGGUGCACAGAUUGAUUGCAAUCCAGACGAUACAGUCAAGCCACUCCCCGGCUUCCAGCGCUUUACCUUCUUGAGCGUUUUCGCCAUCCCAGCCCUGGUAGACAUUAUACUUCUUACCACCACAGGACGUGGGCUCUAUCUGAGCGCAUUCAUGAGUUUUCCCGAACAGCAAAGUGCUACGCAGGCAUUGAUGGUAUCAUUGCUCCUCUCUGGUGCGAUCGGCACUUGGAUCUCUUGUGGUGGCUCAUACUAUCUGAUUUCCAUGGCCUUCUCGGCAACGAACGUUUUUGUGUUGACGAGGCUGAUUGCAGGCCUCGCUUUCACCAUUGCAGGUGCUAUCAUUGGUUUCGCAGCUAUUUCUGGAGCACGUGGCAUUCAUGCCGGCAUCAUCUUCGCUCUCUACUUAUUUGCUUUGACCGCAUAUUUGACGCUAUUUGCCGCCGUGGCCAGCUUUCAAUUUCCGGGGACAGCCUUCUUAUCUGGCCGAAAGGUGAUCAUCUUAUGCAUACCUUGGCUCUUUGUCUCACCCAUCAUCACCAUGUUUUCCGGCUACGACAGUAUUGUUUACCUAUCCGUCAUUUAUGUCUUUAUUGGGCUUCUGCUUUUCGGCCUCCGACACAUUGGCUCGAAAUGGGUUACAUGGUUCCAGAGGUUGAGAAAAACCGACGACGCGGAGAUCAAGAAGUGGUACAUAUCCAACAAAGCUAAUGGCAACGAAAAGGUUUUCGGAAACAUGUCUGAUCCAGCCGCGUUGAAAAUGGCGCGAGAAGCACUUCACCACGACGUUCUCGCCGAGUGUGGGAGAGGGCGUUUUCAGAAAGCUACAAAGGACCAAAUAGUUCUCGAACUCGCGAGGGACUGGAGUUCGACCAACUUCCUCUUGGAUUGGUACUGCAGAUAUUCUGACGUACCUCGUCCGAUUCCCUUUAGCUCGUCGUGGAAUAUUCAAACCAAGGUUGCCCUGGAUACGCUCUGUAAUGCGCAGAAGGGUAUCCGCUUACACAGUGGUUUUAUACACUGGCGCCAGGCAGGUGAUGAGGUAGGAUGUGGUAUCUUGUACUUCUUGGUGGCGCUGCUCGAUAAGUGGAUAGAGCUUGUUUCAGGAGGCAAUCUGCUUGGUCUUUCAGCUGCUCUGAAUGACGAGUUUCGGUUUGCCGUUGGUUUCGGACUUGCUUACUACUUGAUCGGUGCGGUGCUGGUGGAUACGAAGGCAUCUCACCUUCACGCAUUGGUCAACAAGGUUGAACCGGCGGGCAUCAAGACGGCGAAGGAAAUACGUGCUCACCAGAAGCGAGAGGUGCGGCAAAAGCGCCGACUCUACUGGACCACCCUCGGGAAAUUCCUCGGCUGGCAUGUGUGGGGCCUGGCCUUCAGCACCGCUCUGAUAUGGGCAUUCCAGAGCUCUCUCGAAGCGAUGAUCAUGUUCGGUGCCUACGUGAUCGCUUACACUGGUCUGUUGUGGUACCAAUAUACCAAGAUCUUCUCGGGCCCACAUGCAUUGAAGCCUCUCUUGAUCUCUGUGGGCCUUGCCCUUCCACUAGGAGUGGCCUUGAAGAGAGUAUUCCCGGACUUUAUGUACACGAGCGUGGCAGCUCUGGCGUUUGGCACCUGGACUUGCGCCAUACUCUCCAUGUGGACUGCGCAGAUCGGUAUGCCUAAAAGGGUCGAUUCUCCGGUGGAGCUUGGUCGCACAUUCCACGCUUACACCACUCCUUGGGCCGAUCCCGACUGGUCCCAGCAAGAACUGCAGACCACCUAUGACAAUCUCUCCUCGGUUCCGGCAGAGGCUCGCUACAAGCUCGAUCCUACAAUGCAUCCUGGCAUCGAAGUCAAGGCACUUGUCCGCAAUUUCAAAGAUGAUCAGCGCCUAGUGGACGCCUUUCCGGACGCCGCUCAUCUCGUCAACUGGAGCAUAGAAGCGUGGGAGAACGGUAACGUCGCCCUGGAACUGGUGCCUCAAUCGCACCUUGGUCCGGGUCUUCGAGCCAUCAGCUGCGCGACUGAAGGUUGCCUCAGGAUCGUCAUCGGCGCAGGUGGGGGAGUGGAUCAGCUUGUUGAUGUUAAGCGCAAUUGUCAGAUCGUGGCAGAGACCUUGAUUCACUCCGUUGCCGAGGCGCUGCUUCAGAUCCCCCACGACUAUGCCAUUCUGACCGAGUCUCUCAUCAGUCCGGACAUCACGCAAAAUGUCAAGAUGCAGUUGCAUGAAGAAUCCGACUCCUCUCUCGUCAAUCGGUGGGCAAGGCGACAGUUGCUGAAGCAAUUGUGUCUUGGCUUCCAAUGCGACACGGACUGGGAUCGCUUGCCCAAAGAAAUCCGUGGUGUGCUUCUCAAGCGUUGUCUUGGUGAAUACUGCCGACUGUCAGAAUCUCAAUGGCAGUGGCUGACGGCCAGUUUGUGUCGUUUUGACACCCCCGAUCUCAAUGUACAUGUAGCGCGGUGCAAUCUCGGUGCGGCGGUUGCCGUCAACAUCCUCGAUUACGCUCCAACCGUCGGCAUAGAAGGUGGCAUUGCUAAGGAAUCACAGACCAAGGACAGCAUUGCGCACGUGAGCACCAAGUUGACAUUUCUCAAGAAACCGUUCAGCUAUCUAUACCACACCUUGGGUACGGGGAUCAAGUUCUUCGUCAUCGCCAUGGUCGCCGAGCCUGAAUUUCAACGCGAGUUCGAUUAUUCGAUGUCGCGCAAGCCCGCCGCUUUUCGAGUACCAAUGGUGUUCCUCUUGAACGGAAUCUGGACGUAUGCGCGAUUCAUGCAGAAUCUUGGCCUCUCCUUCUUCCUGUUCCACAACAGACCUGAUGUGCAGCGCCUAUGGGAAGAAGCCAAGGGUAUGAGCAUCGCCCUCAAACGCAACCGUGUCUUGAUUCACAGCCAGAGUGGGACAUUUACUGCAUUCCGCCACAACGAACCCAACGGUGGCUUCAAGCUAUACCACUACCAAGGCGUCCACAAGAGCGAGCCUGAAGGCACUGCAAAGCUGCGUACCAUCAGUACGUACUCCAAGGAUCUCCUUUUGGAUAUCAGAGAGGAAUUCGACGGGGCGAAGCUCACCAACGAGUAUCACUAUGACUACCAGACGCCUGCCAAACGUGCGCUGAAGUUGUCCAAAGGUGUGCAUGCCAAGUUGCCAAUUGGGCGACGGUGCAUCCGUGGUCAGAAUAAUCUGCAGAGUGUGCAAUUUAAUCGCAAAGGCUUGAUCGAAGCUGGCUCGUACAUGAAGGAUGGAAAUCUGAUACGAUUCAAACUUCAUUAUCGGAAGAACACGCGAUUUGGUGAUGAAUUACUCCGGGCUGAGUUCGUGCUGGCGCACAUCAGUUGCACGGUAUCCUGGUGUGCUCCACCCAAACGACAUCCGGAAAAGAUUGAACGUUGGAUACCUCACUCGAAAAUCACCGAGGCGACCUUCGUGCAGGGACCGGAUGUGUAUGAAAGCAAAUGGCUGUACGACCACAAGUUCCAUCCCACCAUCUUCACGACGCUUAACGGGCAGAAAGUGAAGACGCCUCCCAUGAUUGAGUUUGACUAUCUGGACGUUCUGAAGAAACCGAAAGAUACUGCUUUCAUCCAUGACAACCCACUGUUCUACUGUGACUCGCUCAACUCCAACGUCUUCUCGCGUUGGCUGGGCCUGAGCAAGCAACGAUUCCCUGUUUCCACGUCGCGAUCUCGCUCUCAGCUGUGGAAGGCAUGGAAGGAGCGCAAAGACCUCGAUGGUGUCAUGGUUCGGUGGAUGGAUGACCGACUCCUGAGGAGAGACAAGGUGCUGCGGCCUUACUGGGCAGCGCGGAACCGUGGCAACCUGGUGGCGGCGAAGAAAUACCUUGAUCUCCGCGCGGACGCCAUCAUGGCCAGCGCUGAUCUUGAUGAUGAUGUCUCGAGCUGGACGCCGCUGGCUUUCAAGAUCAGUGAUUUGUUCAAUUUUGGGCCCGGUGGCGACGCCGUGGUGCACACGCGCUCGAAAGAUGUUGGUUUCGACACUGCAAAGACUCUUCACGUCAUGGCGGCGGACAAUGGAACCUGGCCCAACGAGGGUGGUGGUGUGUCAGCAUGCCGACGAGACAUGAUCAACUCACUCAAAAGCAUCAAAUGGCACAUGAUCUGCGAGUCGGCCAAUGAUUUCGGCAUCCCCAAGCAUCAAACGGAGCAGAAUGUGCAGUCCUUGAAGGUCAUUCCCCUGUGGGGUCUUGACUUCCUCAUGCCCACCCACGGUCUGUUCAAGAACCGGUUGGACUCUGAAGUCGAUGCUAUCCUUACCGAUGCCACCGAUCUUGAUAUCAAGCGAAAUUUCAUCCCGACGUUGACCGCGCUGGUCAAGGGUGCACGAGCGCGGAAUCUGUCCACCGCGGAUGUUCAACAGGCCACCAGAGCGCUGGUCAAUCUGAACACGUACUUUCAGGACUCCCGCCAUUGGAGCCAGGUCUGGACCAGCGAGAUGGUCAAAGAAAGCUGGCGUGAUCUGUGGCUCACACAGGAGAUGCCCAACGCCAAACCGUCCGCUGAGUGGUUCGACACCGAGCUUCCCACCCUCGGACAUCUUGAUACCGCGCUAGAUCUAUGGUUCCGCUAUCUGUUUAUCUUCUCGAUCCCCGUGCCCGACAAAAUCCCGGCUGUGUUUCAAGCUUCGCAUCACAGUGUCAGUGCGUCGUACGGCGUCGUCUGCAAGAUCAAGCGCAAAUGUCAGCUGCAGAUUUGGGAUCACGCCAUCAGUUGGAGAGAGACCAACCUGUGCCUUUCGUCUGCACUCUGCAAGCUUCCUCCCUUUGUGCGAAAUUCCUUGCUCGGGCUGAUGCGCAUGACCUCGGUUCUCAUUCUCCAUCAUGCCGACAUUAUUCUCCCAUGUGCCGACUUUUUCAAUCCCGGUUGGGAAAUCGAGAUUGGUACCAGCCAGGGUGCGAUCGAGCAUCGCAACAGCUUCAAGCGCAAGAUUGACCCAGUCGUCAACGGUAUCGUAGAUAUGACCUCGUUCUCGCCGGUCAAAGAGAUCAAGAGCAAGAUUCCCACCGUUACCAUGUUGUCGCACGUCUGGUAUGCCAAGGACAUCAAGACCGCUCUUCUGGCUGCGGACAUCAUCAUCAAUGAGUGGGGAUUUGAUGACUAUCAUCUCGACAUCUACGGUGCGAUUGACAAAGCGCCUACCUACUCGACAGAAUGUCAAGAAAUCAUUGCGUCCAAGUCGCUUCGAGGCCAAGUCAGGUUGUGUGGCACAGCCAACCCGAUGAAAGUGCUGGAGAAUACCUGGUUGUUCUUGAACUCGUCCCUCUCGGAAGGCCUUCCUCUAGCUCUUGGUGAGGCUGCCUUGACCGGAGCGCCCGUUGUCUGCACGGACGUCGGCGCCUCGCUUCGUGUACUGAGUGAUCCAGAUGACUUCUCCCGAUACAGUGCUGUGGUGGCGCCCAAUGAUGCACGUGCACUCGCCAAAGCGCAGAUCAAUCUGCUCGCUCUGACUGGAGAAUGGAGCCGAUAUGCGGAAGACACGGAGCCGGCUCCGACGCUGUCAUUCGAACCGACGCGCGAGGAAGUCGUCGCUAUUCAAAAGCGCAUGUAUGACAAGAGCGAGCAGCGCAGGAAGCUGGGAAUGAUGACUCGCAAUAUCGUGCAGAAGUCUUUCAGUGGCGAGCGAUAUCUACGUGAACACGAGCAAAUGCUGUGGAUUGGCAAGGCCCGGAAGUUGAUGGCCAGCCGUGUCACGGGCGAGCAUGAGAAUCAACAAGAUGUCGCCCAUGCCAUUGACCUCUCGGCGCCGCCAGACGAAGAGGUCAUCACCAUCCCGCGAAGUGCGGUGCAUUCUUGGAGGUCUUCGGCGGCCAGUGGCAUGUCAUCUGCAUUUACCACCUUGUCCAACUUCCCUAUGCUGGAGAACGGUCGGCCGGUGUCGAUUCGCUCGAAUUCAGCCAUGAGCCAGUCUUCCAAUGAUGAAGCGCUGCCGCGACUCAAUCCCGGCCGCCUCCCCGUCUUCGCGCCCAGAGAUGGCAACGGAAGAAUGAGUACCAUGAGCGCCCGGAGUGUACGCUAUUCUGCGAUUUAUUCUGCGCUUUCCCCCAGGGAUUCCAGUAUGUCCGGCAGGGACUCGCUCAUGUCUGGUUGGGGCACACCACGAGGCCAUUCCAGACCAGGAUCUCGAGCUGUAUCACCAGGCGCGAGUCCAAUGCUCAGACCUGUACGCCCCGAUGACGCGAGACUUUACCGAAAUAGUGAUGUCAGCCUGCUAUGA